AUGACUGUCCCAGUUCAAGUCCCUCUGUCACCCCGACCUCUCCGACCUAACGAGCGUAUCCUGACCAACGAAGAUGGCGGCAUCGUCACUCCUGCUCGAGCCCCUUCCCCCGUCUACAAUUUUGGCACACUGGCGGUGCAUGCCGGUUCGCCACUAGAUCCCUCUACAGGCGCCGUCAUCGAGCCUCUAUCCCUGUCUACAACCUUUGCACAGACGGCUGUGGGCAAGCCUGUCGGGUUGUAUGAAUACAGUCGCAGCGCCAACCCAAACCGUGAUAACUUUGAAGAGGCUGUGGCCGCACUUGAACACGCCAGAUUCGCUCUGGCAUUUGCCUCCGGCUCAGCUACCACGGCGACAAUACUCCAGUCGCUCGCUGCGGGCUCACAUGUCAUAUCCGUUUCCGAUGUCUACGGAGGCACUCAUCGUUAUUUCACAAAAGUGGCUCUAGCACAUGGCGUGGAGGUCACAUUUUCACCUUCUAUUGAACUGGACGUUGAAGAGUUGAUCAGGGAGCAAACCAAACUCAUCUGGAUUGAGAGUCCUUCAAAUCCUACACUGAGUCUCGUUGAUAUCAGGAAUGUCGCGUCAGUCGCACACAGACACGGCAUUCUGGUUGUGGUGGACAAUACAUUCUUAUCGCCCUACGUGCAGAAUCCACUGGACCAUGGAGCCGAUAUUGUUGUACACUCUGUGACAAAAUACAUCAACGGACACUCAGAUGUCGUCAUGGGCGUUGCUGCAUUCAACUCGGACGAAUUGAAGGAACGUUUGACCUUUCUCCAAAACGCCAUUGGAGCUGUGCCUUCACCAUUCGAUUGCUGGCUUGCUCACCGAGGGCUGAAGACACUGCAUCUUCGAGCAAGAGAGGCAAGCACAAAUGCGCUAGCUGUUGCUCGAGCACUGGAGGCCUCGCCACAUGUCAUUGCAGUGAACUAUCCUGGUCUGGAUUCUCACAAGCAGAGGGCGAUUGCCAUCAAGCAGCACCGCGAAGGCAUGGGUGGUGGGAUGCUCAGUUUCCGUCUCAAAGGUGGACACGCUGCCGCAGAGAGAUUCUGCCAACAAACGCGCAUCUUUACCCUUGCUGAAAGCUUGGGAGGCGUCGAAAGUCUAUGCGAAGUUCCUAGUGCUAUGACGCACGCGGGAAUUCCCAAGGAACAACGAGAGGCUAUUGGUGUAUUUGACGAUCUUGUCAGACUUAGCUGCGGUGUCGAAGAUGCAGAGGAUCUCAAGAAGGAUGUCCUACAGGCAUUAGAAAAAGCAGUUGUUGCCUAUAAGAUUUCUAAUGGUGUCAAUGGGGCCAGCAGAUGA